CUGUUUCGUUGCAUGCAUGAUACACGCGCGUACAUCGGAGACAGAGUGCCGAUAGUGCUACAUACUGCAUUCGCAAUAAAAUUAUACUUGCGCGCAUCGAGUAUACGCUAGCCUCAGUAUCGUUUAAUGAACGAGUCUCGGGGGCUUUGUUGCAGCUAGAUCGUGCCGAGACGUAAAAAUUGUGCGCAAAAACAGUCCCGAGUGUAUAGUAAGUCGGAGAAGAUUUCGAGCGGGAUGCGACGGAAGCUGUGACUCGAGAGCUGUGACGGCGGGCCGAGGCUGCAACUCUAUAACGCGAGCGGGUACGUCUCGAGGCAAUCGAUACAUAAUAUAAACACGAGACGUCCUCUUACGAUCGUCGGACAAUCAAUUACCAGUCGGAAGAGUGAUUCCGAGGCUCGAUAAUAUAAUAAGACGUAACGAACUGCAUAAAGCGUGUACGCGUGCACACGUACAUAUUACAAUGCACGAAUACAAUGUCUCGGCGCGCUAAUGCGGUGUCGGUGGUGCACGAGUCGCCGAAACGAGCAUAAGAAACACUAUAACGUACAAAAACUAUCGUUUCUUUUUCUGUCUCUCUGUUUCCUUUUUUUUUCUUUUUCUUUUCAUGCACACAUCGUGAUGACUAUACUUUUGCGCCGCGAUGUAUUUGCAUGGCAGUUAGCGUCUAGUCGCAUCUCAGUGCACUCGCGCAUGCAUUAAUAUUAACACGACUGAAAAUUUUAUUGAAUAUUCCGCAAAAUAUAGAGAAUACAUUUGGUGCAGUCAUCGCGUGGCGCACUUUUCUCUCUCUCUCUCUUUUUCUCUCUCUUUGCACCGCGUCACCGGCUCGUCAUGAAAAAAUCGCACGUAAUCUUGAGGACAGCGCUGGUCAUCGCGGCACUGGCCGUGACGCUUCGAAUCGUCGGCGGCGUCUUUUUGCACCUCAUCAGGCGCAAUCUCGCCUGCUGGCCGCAGCAGACUCUGACGCAGCAACAGCAACAGCUAGAGCAUCAGCACGACGAGUUCCAGAUCGAUUUUCACCUGUACCGUCGCGGAAAUCCAAUUGGACACGAGCUUUUAAAUAGCAGCGAGGUUUUCGACGCGACUCGCCACUUCAGGAGCUUCGAUCCGAGCAAGAGGACGUUCCUGCUGAGCCACGGCUUCAGGGGCCCGAUCUAUGGCAAUCCCAUGCAGAAGCUCACCGAAAGCCUCCUCCGAUGGCAAGAUGCGAACGUUAUUCUGGUAGACUGGCAGAGGGGUUGCAAGAACACCUUUCAGUACGAGCGGGCAGUGGCCAAUACUCAGCACACCGCCAAGCAAAUCCGCUUGCUGGUGAGCAAUUUAAAGCGAUCGCGAGUCGGCGGCCAGUGGGGCUACGUGCACUUCAUCGGCCACAGUCUCGGCGCUCACGUGGUUAGUCACGCGGCCAAAUUGCUAAAGAUCAACGACCAAGUGCUGGUCGACCGGGUGACCGGCCUGGACCCGGCCGAGCCCUGCUUCGAGAUCGACGAGGCCUCGCCGCUGCGCUUGUCGCGCGACAGCGCCCGAUUCGUCGACGUGCUGCACUCGGCCGUGGCCCACCGCAAACACGACGCCUUUGGUUUGCUCGAUCCACUGGGCGAUGCCGACUUUUACAUCAACGGAGGCACGCACCAGCCCGGCUGCCAAGUCGCCCUGGCCAAUCUGAUGAGCAGCGUCGCCAAACCCGUACUCAGCAUCUUCAAAAGCGUCGUGCCCAGCUGCGCCUCGGAUUAUUGCAAGCUCACGCGCUUCGUCAUGUCCGGUGGCGUCUGCGAUCACUUUUACUCGGUUUACGUGUUCAUCGAUUCGGUGGACAACGAGAUGAAAAACAAGCACUCGUACCUGGCCCAACCUUGGAAUUUGACUUUCGACACUAACGAGCAGCCGGUCGUCGGUCAGCUGAGUUCAUGUUCAGCCGACCAGCAGUGCCCAGAAAUGGGAAUAAACGCCGAGAAAUACCAGUACUCGAACAAUCGCCACAACGUGUACUACGUCAAGUCCGAUUAUACGGUUCAUCUUUCCAUGAAAGACUCCUUGAUGUUUAGUAUGUUUUAAUUUAAUGUAUUUCAAUGCAAAUUGAAUAAAAAAAAGUAAUAAAAAACAAAUUGUCAAAGAUAAAAUUCAUUGACAUGCUUAGAGCGAAAUAUUAUACGCGAACUAUAAACUUGAGCCCAAGUCAU